AGCAGUAUAAAAGUUCACGGUGGGAGCAGUAUGCUCUUCACUGAGCACUGAACAGGCUUCCACCAAGAGAAACACACAACAGAUUAUUGCCACCCGCCACUAUGAUGUGCUUGUUGAAAUCAAUUGGAGUAUCCCUCAUCCUGUCCAUACUUCUGUACAUGGCAGACUCUUAUCCAAACAGUGACAUGACAAACGUGGGCUGUGAGGAAUGCAAACUGAAGGAGAACAAAGUAUUCUCUAACCCGGGCGCCCCUGUCUACCAGUGUACAGGCUGCUGCUUUUCCAGAGCUUAUCCAACCCCACUGCAGUCUAAGAAAGCCAUGUUGGUCCCAAAGAACAUCACCUCUGAAGCCACAUGCUGCGUUGCAAAAGAAGGUGAAAGGGUGGUGGUGGACAACAUCAAGCUGACGAACCACACAGAGUGUUGGUGCAACACCUGUUAUCACCAUAAGUCAUAAACUGUCUGUGAGGCCAGGAAUAUCCUUAUCGCAGAAGUAAAAGCUUAGCAACAGAUACUAGGCAUUUUGCACAACUUAUUCCUGAAGUGUUUAAAUAGAAAUCACAUAUUAAGAGAUCAUUGGCUGCAUUUAAACAAGCAGCCCAAUUCUGUUAUUUUUCCCAGUAAUUGGUCUUUUGACAAAUAUCAGAAUUGGGCUGCCUGCAUAAACCCAGCCAAUGUCAUCCACAAAAGGUGAUAGUCUGCUGAGAAUAUUUAUAGUGCUCUUAAUAUAUUACUGUCACAAUUAUGAAGUUGUAUUCCUGUAGCCUACUGUGUUGAUCAAAUGUAGACUUUACUAUAUGAAUUGAAUACUGAUUAAAAUGUUUUUCAGUAUUUUA